GACAUUCUGUCAGCCUCGCUCAGCCCAUGCGAAGCCAACUCGCUAGCUAUGGGUGGCCCUAAAGCUCAAGCCCGCAGAGUUUGUACCAAGGUAUUUUUCACGUGUGGGCGCUCCUAUUUCAACUACACGGAGCUGGAAGCUGGUGUUAGAGACGUUCCAUCCUUGCGACGUAGGAGUUUUAACGAUCCCGGGAAUGUCGCUGCUUGGGAGCACUUGCAGUUCCCGGGUGUCGCGCGUGUUUUUUGCUCUUUCGGCCUUUCCCGGGCGCCCCUUCGAAGCGGUGCGCUCUUCGUUGCGGCGCCUUAA